AUGGCCAAACCACUGAGGGUACUGACCUGGAACGCCGGGCACUUAGGUCAACAGCAAUGGGCUGAGCUUCGCACCUGGCUGCGCACUGCUUCUGAUCAGUAUGAUGUGAUUGCCCUGCAAGAGACGCACUGGCAGGAAAGCACUGAGUUUGAUGUUGAGGGGUGGCACUGCAUAAGCUCAGCAAACAAAGGCAAGGCUAAAGCCCCCAAAGCAAAAAGUAAACCUGUGCCCGACCAUGCCUCUGAGACACAGACGGGCAAGCAACCACAAACUCAGCCAGUUCACGACGACAAACGGGCGGACGGGGUAAUGAUACUCACGGCCCCGCACAUUCCCAAAGCCACCAUCAGAUGGAGCGAGCACCAAAAAGGGAGGGUCUUGGAAGCGGUCUUCCAAUGGAAGGGCGCACGCGUGCACAUAGUGACGGUGUAUCAGCAUGUUUGGACCACCUCCAAAACAGCCCAGCAAAACCGAGACGACAGAUCGAAGUGUCUUGCAUCCUUAUCCAAAGCGGUCCGAGGAGCUCCGCAGCGUGACACGUUGGUGGUUCUAGGAGAUUUCAACUCUACGCUGAGCACAAGUGCGGGCAUCGUAGGUACCUGCACUCCAGGUUCUCCGCCGCAUCGCUCAGCAGAGGAUGCAUACCUCCAACGCCUCGUUCAAGGACAUGGACUUGUGGCGCUCAACACAUGGUCCUCGGGAUCGGGCUUGACGUUCCGCGCGGCCACCUCAGCUCUCGAAGAGGCGGUGCGAUAUAAUCAUCCCAAAGCACAAGCAAUGAAAGAGUGGGUUGCUGACCAGCUCUCUCAGAUCACCACGGUUGACAUGGAGGAGGUUAAUGAUGUGCUAAUCAAGGCGUCUGAACGCUACUUCCCAAGAGCCCCUAAGCCCUCCUCCCCUCCCCUCAAUGCAAUGCACAGGGCAACCAAGCGCAUGUGGGCCAGGUUGACAGCCUUGGAUGAGGACUUAGCCAGCUCAACGCUAUCCCUGGCAGAUCACGAGAUACUGGUGCAGGACCUCUCCAUGUGGCACAAGCAGGCUGUCACAAGAGCACGUAGACAACGCCUAGCAGAUUUCACUCACGAGGUAGACCAAUCUACACAAAGUGGUAACUCCUAUCAGGCUCAUAAGACGUUGCAGAAGCUCCGCCCCUGGCAGCCGCAGCCUAAAACGCAGUUAGUCAACAAUGACGGCUAUUUGAUGGCUGCAGAAGAGGAACUCAAGCUCAUGCAAAACCAUGCUAAAGCAGUGUUUCAACGGCAUGACAGACUGCAAUUUGAGGUCUGCAGCUUGCCAACGCUCUCUGCCCCCCUGCUUUCGAAGCACAUCAGCUCCAUCAGACCACACAAGGCUGUCCCUCAGAACUCAGCGUCGGCAGCCGCGUGGAAGCUAUGUUCCGACUCGGCCAGUGAGCACCUGGCAACGUACUGCAACGACCAAGCCCGCAAAGCUGAGCACAGCUCGCUGGACUCGGCAGUGAUCCUCUCUGCACAGCUGAAGGACACUGACCUCUGCUUCAUCCCGAAGCCCAACAAGUCGGUGCCACAGUUCGCUUACCAACCUCAAAGAGGACUUUCUGAUGCUCUCUCCAGAGUCUCGAAGCACACCAGAGAGGUACGCCAAAUGUGCGCACAGUCGCGGCUCAGCAGGCACUCCCAGCAUGCUGGACACCGCAAACCAGAGCUGGUGGGAGGGAUUUGCUUUGCGCUCGACUUAUCACAGGCCUUCGACAUGGUUCGCCGCCAGGACCUCAUGGACACUCUUCAAGAAGCUGGGGUACCGUCAGACAUCCAGGGAUUAGAAAGCUAUUCCGAGAACUCGCAGAGGUCGUAG